AUCGAACAAAAUACUUGAACUGCAUCGGAAAAACGAGAAGUUGUGUCACUUUUUUUUAUUCACACAAAAAUUAUAAAAAAGAAUUAAAAAUUUAUAUCGAUUAUUAUCUAAUAAAUUAAUUAAAUAAAUCAUAACUUCAUAAAAUCAAUAAAAAUUUGAUGCAGUUCGGUGUCAACAUUUGAAUCCGCAAACAACUCAAAUUGAACGUGAAAAAAGUUGAGAAAAAAGUUCACGGGCGGCGACUGAAAAAAAAAGACGAGACAAGAACAAAAAGAAAAAACCGAAAAAAAAUCGAAACCACACAUUUUGAUAGAUUUUUUUGCAAAUAUCUUAAAAUGGCAGCAAGUGACAAGGCCUUGGAUGAUUCCCUUUAUCCCAUUGCGGUUCUAAUUGAUGAAUUAAAAAACGAAGAUGUCCAGCUCCGUCUUAAUUCCAUCAAGAAACUUUCAACUAUUGCUCUCGCACUUGGAGAAGAACGUACUCGUUCUGAAUUGAUUCCGUUUUUGACUGAAACCAUUUACGAUGAAGAUGAAGUUUUACUCGCUCUGGCUGAUCAGUUGGGAAACUUUACAAACUUGGUUGGUGGCCCAGAAUACGCCAUGUACUUGAUUCCGCCACUAGAGAGUUUGGCAACUGUCGAAGAAACUGUUGUCCGUGAUAAAGCUGUCGAAUCACUGCGCACUGUUGCCGCCGAGCAUAGUGCAGCUGAUUUGGAAAUUCAUGUUGUUCCAACUUUGCAACGUUUAGUUUCUGGCGAUUGGUUUACUUCACGUACAUCGGCUUGCGGACUUUUCUCUGUUUGCUAUCCAAGAGUUUCGGCUCCAGUUAAAGCUGAAUUGCGUUUAAACUUCCGUAAAUUGUGUCAGGAUGAAACACCAAUGGUGCGUCGUGCUGCCGCCAAUAAAUUGGGUGAAUUCGCUAAGGUUGUUGAGAUUGAAUACUUAAAAUCGGAUCUUAUUCCAAAUUUUGUUCAAUUGGCUCAAGAUGAUCAGGAUUCAGUUCGUCUUCUCGCUGUUGAGGCUUGUGUGAGCAUUGCACAGUUGUUGCCACAAGAAGAUGUUGAGCAUUUGGUUUUGCCAACACUGCGUCAAUGUGCAAGUGACUCCUCAUGGCGUGUCCGCUACAUGGUUGCCGAGAAGUUUGUUGAUUUGCAAAAGGCUGUUGGUCCUGAAAUUACUCGUGUCGAUUUAGUUCCAGCUUUCCAAUGUUUAUUGAAAGAUGCUGAAGCUGAAGUUCGUGCUGCAGUUGCAACUAAAGUCAAGGAAUUCUGCUCGAAUUUGGAUAAGACAAAUCAAGUUCAAAUCAUUAUGUCAUCAAUUUUACCCUACGUCAAAGAAUUGGUAUCCGAUCCAAAUCCACAUGUUAAAUCUGCAUUAGCCUCAGUCAUUAUGGGUUUGAGCCCAAUGUUGGGUGCCUACAAUACAGUUGAGCAUUUGCUGCCAUUAUUCCUUGUCCAAUUAAAGGACGAAUGUCCAGAAGUGCGUUUAAAUAUUAUUUCAAAUUUGGAUUGUGUUAAUGAUGUUAUUGGAAUUCAACAAUUGUCUCAGUCCCUUUUACCAGCAAUUGUAGAACUAGCCGAAGAUUCGAAAUGGCGUGUACGUUUGGCAAUUAUUGAAUAUAUGCCCGCUCUCGCUGGUCAGUUAGGACAAGAAUUCUUUGACCAGAAACUACGUGGUUUGUGCAUGGGUUGGUUGAAUGAUCAUGUUUAUGCCAUUCGUGAAGCAGCCACUUUGAAUAUGAAGAAACUUGUCGAACAAUUUGGAGCUCAAUGGGCUGAACAAGCAAUUAUCCCAAUGAUAUUGGUUAUGUCAAGGAAUAAGAAUUAUUUGCACAGAAUGACUUGUCUCUUCUGUCUCAACGUUUUGGCUGAAGUUUGUGGCACUGAAAUCACAACCAAACUCUUACUACCCACAGUUCUCAUUUUGGCAACAGAUCCUGUUGCCAAUGUACGAUUCAAUGUUGCAAAAACUCUGCAAAAAAUUUCACCAUUUUUAGAAACCAGCGUCAUUGAGACACAAGUCAAACCUGCUUUGGAUAAAUUGAAUGCCGAUAGUGAUGUGGAUGUAAAGCAUUUUGCUUCAGAAGCUAUUGCUGGUAUAGCUGCAGAUUUGCAGCUUGAUGUAUUUAGGACUGAUCAUAUAAUAUUUGCUCCCAAACUUGAAGAAUUACCAAUGGAACAGGAUCAAUUUAUUCCACAAGAUGAUGUUGGAAUUGAAAUAUUUAAUAUUUCAUCGUAAUUACAUUUUAAUUUCCUUUUUUCUUUUAAUUAUUAUUACAAUUAUUUUUUUUAAUUUUUAAUCUUCGCAAGCGAAAUAAAUAAAUUUUGAAGGAAAUAUAAAACAAAAAUUAAAAAUAAAAACAAAAUUAAAUCAUUCGACAGCGUCGUUAUUAACGCGGUGUUGCCACAGCUAAGAUUAUUAAUAUUUUUAUUAAAAAAGAAGAAAAUAAAGUUAAGACCUAGAUUGUCAGAAAUACAAACAAAAACAAAA